ACAGCGACGACUUUUGGAGGGGGAAACGUGUCUGAAUUCUCCUAGUCUCCUAGAUCUCUACUCUCUAGUCUGCACGAAGGAUCAGUAAAUCGAAACGAUAUUUACUUUUUAGUUUUUGUCCGAGAUAUAGAUAACACUAGAUGAUUAAACUGAUUAAUUUAAGAUUCCGGAAGUAUGGAAAAAUUACUGUUGGAAAAAAACCGGCUAUUAAAAGAAAAGGAUCAACUGGAAUCAGCUUUCCUGACAUACAAAAAUGUUACAGCUCCAGCGCUCUUGCUAGAAAAAGACAUAGAACUAAACGAAAUGGUUAAAUUAAAAUUAGAACUGGCAGAGGAGCUGAAUGUCAUUAAUGCCCAAUUAGAUGAGAAAAAUUGUGAGAAGGCAAAGUUAACUAAAGAAAUUAGUUUGCUUAAAACGAAAAUAAUCAAUUUAAGCGAUCCAGCGAUAUCAAAAGAAUCUGAGGAAAAUCAAACAGAGCUCACAGAUAAAGAGAGUCUUGAAAAUAAAUAUAUGAAGAUGCCACCAAGAUCGAAAGCAAAAGACAGAAGAAAAACAGUUAAUUCGUCAUUCAACUGUGGUAUCUGCAAUAGAAGCUUCAAAUCUAGAAAUUUGAUAUACAAGCAUAUAACAGGAGUACAUCAGGAAGUUAAUUCGUCAUUUAACUGUGACAUGUGCCAUAAAAGUUUCAAAUCUAGAAAUUUGAUAUACAGGCAUAUGACAGGAGUACAUCAGGAAGUUAAUUCAUUAUUUAACUGUGACAUCUGCCAUAAAAGUUUCAAAUCUAGAAAUUUGCUAUACAGGCAUAUGACAAAAGGACAUCAAGAAGUUAAUUCGUCCUUGAACUGUGACAUCUGCAAUACAAAUUUUAAAUCCAAAACUAAGAUUAAACGACAUUUGACAGAAGUACACGGUAGCCUCUACAUCAGAUGUGAUAUCUGUAAAAGAAAAGUUAAAGGGAAACAAGGCCUCAAAAUUCACACAAGAGAAGUGCAUUCUGAAGUACGAUUUAGAUGCACAAUUUGUUUAAAAAUUUCCAAAUCAGCUCGAUGUUUCCGUGCACACUUCCAGAAAGUACAUAAAGGAGGGAAACAUUCAGGAUUGAUGAGUUUUGCAGAAGAAUAUAUCCCAGAACCAACUGAUAUAAUGCCAACGCUCAGUAAUACUUGUGAUAUCUGCAAAAAACAAUGCAGUGGAAAAGAUGAGUUAAGAGCUCACGAAAAAGAAUCUCAUUCCGAAGUACUAUAUAAAUGUACAGGUUGUUUUGAAAGUUUCAAAACGGCUCGUUGUUUCCGUGACCACUUCCGGAUGAUACAUAAAGCUGGAAAUCUUCAGGACGUUAUGAACUUUGCUGAAGAAUAUAACCCAGACGAUAUAAUGCCAGUAUUAGAGCGGCAGAUCUAAUAAGAGGGCUAAGAAAAUAUGUGCCAAAAUGCCAGAUUAUCUUUAUUUUUAUUUCAUAACAAGCCUGUAAUCUGUUUAAAAUUAUAACUGUUAGAAUUUUCUGGAGCUUUAAAAGAAAAUGCUACUAGCUAUAUUUCUUUGCAUG